AUGGCCUUCCUUGUAGGGUUCAUGGACGUCAUUUACGUUCGUCGGUAUGGUUGUUACGUCAACAUGAUGACGGGAAACACAAUUCGAGCGGCGACUCAGGCGGCUGAAGGCAAUCUAGGAUCCGCCCUUUUUCACGUCGCCCUCGUACUCUGCUACUGCAUCGGUGUGGGCUGGCACCGUCGCGUCGCCAACGCCGUCAGUAGCACCAACCUUGGCGAUACCAGCACUACCAAUCACCCCACACUCCGGAGACAACGGUAUACUCGCACGCCUCAUUUGUACCGCUCCGCCAAUGCGCGUCUGGUGUGGGCUGUGGCACCCGUGGUGUGGGGCCUCUUUGCCGCUACCGACGUUGUCGCGUACGUACUGCAACAGGGCGUCCGGCGGCACCACUACCCCGAGUCCGCCGCCAACUCGCGAUGGCACGGGGUCUUUUUAGCCACCGCCUUUGGACUGCUCAAUAGUACGGCGUCUCAUACGACUGGUGGGACCAUCUUGUACGCCAUGACGGGGCACUGGACGAAACUGUCACAAAGUAUCGUGGAUUUAUGGGAGGCCGAAACCUUGCGUCGUCGGCACGUGCGGGCCAUAUUUUCACACGUACGCGUCCUGGCGGCCUUUGUGAGCGGCAUUGUCCUCUCCGUGUGCCUUUACGAACCUUUUCUGGCCCAACUCGAAACCGGGUGGUGGCCGGUGCAGACAACCGUCGGGUCCGUGUACGCCGGACUGCUGCUCUGGUACGGUCGACGAUUGUAA